CUUUGAGUGAGAAAAAAAAACAAAAAUUCAUUGAUGAAAGUGUAAUUAAUUAAAAAAGAGUGUUAAAAUGGGUGUAAUCUUUAGCCGACUUAAUCAAUUAAAUAACAAUAAUGCAGUUGAAGAGACUGAAAUCAUCAAUAACUACAAGUAUCCACCAAAAUCGGGAAAUUACUUUUCCUCAUCAUUCAUUAUGGGUGGCGAGAGAUUUGACCAGUCACAGCCUGAGGCUUACUUAUUUGGCGAAAACAGCGACCUUAAUUUUUUACAACAGAAGCCUACAGCUUUCCCUUAUCAGCCACCCAAAAAUUCAGAGCCAACUAAAACACUUAAAUCGUUUGUAAAUGUACGAAAGGAAUCUGUGAAAUUUGUGAAAUCGGAGACAGGAAAAGGAUAUAACGUAGAAUUUGUGUUUGAUAGUGACCUAAAGUGUUUUAUAAAAAUUUAUUACUUUGCAACUGAGGAAAUCACAAACAGCAGUAUUAACUAUGUAACAAAAGAAUCUGAACUGGUUUCGGACAAAUUUCAAUACGAAAAAGGAGCAAAUCAAACUUUUUCACAGCCAUCACACAUAUUCUUUCCAAAUAAGUUCCAAGAUGAAAAUCUCCAAUAUGAUUGUGACAAGGAUAUAUAUCCAAUAGUGAUUCAUUGUGUUAUAGACGAGCCUAUCGAUUCUACUUUUGUGCAUUCUCACACAACCAUUUGUGUCGUUGAUCAUCAUACUUCAGAUGGCGAAUAUCAUUUACGUGCAAUGAAGCAAAAGAUCUUUGUUGAUGGUUUAUGUUAUUUAUUACAAGAGAUUUAUGGAAUUGAAAAUAAAAAUUUAACGCGGAUACCAAACAAUAAUGAUGACGAUGAAGACACAGGCUCAGAAUGUGUAAUUUGUAUUUGCGAACCGAGAGAUACUUUAAUUUUGCCAUGCAAACAUUUAUGUUUAUGUAACAGCUGCGCAGAUUCGCUAAGAUAUCAAGCAAAUAAUUGUCCGAUUUGUCGAUCACCAUUUAGAGCACUUUUACAGAUUCGUGCUGUACAAAAAUCAAACACGCCUAUCAUCAACAUUAAUCAGGAUGGCUCGGAAAACAUUCCUUUAGGAUUCAUGCCAAUCCCUCUAAUUGAAGCCCUUAAUGGACCGAUUUAUAAACGCAACAGUAUUGACAGAAAAGACACAUUUCAUGCAAUUAGCGAAAAAGAUCAAAAGUCUAAUUCAGUCGAGACAUUUAAAAUGGUCGAAAAGUGCAAUAAUUCAGAACUUCCACCUCUAUUAUCUCCAAACGACGACAGCAUUGAUCAUAAUAAAAAAUCAUUAAGUAGUAUGAAGGAGAAGAAAGGUCUUACAAAGAGUUUAUCGCUACGAGACCGAGAUUGUGUCAAAUAUAUUAAUGAGAGAGCGUCAUCAAUUAAUGAAUUGGACGAUGAUAGUGAAGCUGAAAAGUUAUCUCCGUUGCUUGUAUCGGAAAAAUGUAUAGAAAUGACUGAACUUAAUACUCAUGGACGUAAGGAAAAUACAGAGGAAAAAUCGUGCACAAAAGGCGAAGAUUCUGAUUAUUUUACGCCUGAAGAUCCAGAAGAGACUUCACAUACGAUCCUGAGUCCAGUAAAAAAUAAAGACGCAGAUAAGAAGGAGACAAGAACUCCACUGACUCAUGUAAAAGACACAGAACUGCCAGAUAGUCCACAUAGUGGAAAUUCGCAAGUCUCAACAAGAAGUGGUGAUAGCAGCUAUAGCAGUAGCUCAUCUACAAGACAAUUAUUGUCUUCUAAUAUUAAUGAAGGCGUCACAGCAAAUACGAAAUCGAGUGAAAAUAAUUCGGCUAAGAAUUAAGACAUUUUACUCAACACAAAGUUAUUAAGAAAAGAAAUCAUAUUUAUUUAACUAUUUUUCUGACUAAGCAAAAAUGUGUAGUACUAUCCGUUAAUUAGGCGGCAAUAAACUAAUG